UGCAUUUUCUGACACUCAUAAGGAUUCUUUGCUGUGAAGUUGAUUCAUUGAGCUUUGUGUGUCCGGCAGUAGAGUUGAUUACCUCUGACUUGCAUUUGUACAAGUCCGAGUUUGCAAUUCAGGAUGGCGGAUGCUGCUCAGAACCCAGCCUGGAGUGUGUCUGGAGGCGCUGCUGGCACUCACAUGUACAAAAGGGAACCCAGCAAGAGAGUUUUUGUGAACCGAAGUUUGAUGCUUGAAAAAGUCAAGUUUUUUGGCUUUGAUAUGGAUUAUACUCUCGCAACGUACAAGUCUCCAGAGUACGAGACGUUGGGCUUCGACCACCUCAAGAGCAAGUUGGUGGAUCUGGGUUACCCGGAGGACAUCAAGGACUUUGAAUACGACUCCUCCUUUCCCAUCAGAGGUCUAUGGUUCGACAGUCAUUUUGGAACUCUCCUGAAGGUAGACGGCUUUGGGAACAUCCUGGUCUGCGUCCGAGGCUUCCACUUCAUGAGAAUGGCUGAGAUCCAAGCUCUCUACCCGACCAAGUUUGUGCAGAUGGAAGAGGGGAGAUAUCGGAUCUUCAACACUCUCUACGAGCUGCCCCUGAUCUACAUCCUCGCCUGCCUGAUUGACUACUUCAACAACAGCUCCGACUACGUUCAGACUGCCAAUGGCGUGGGCGUAAAGGUCGGUGACCUGACCAUGACCUAUGAGUCCAUCUACAAUGACGUCAACACGGCCAUGGAGCACGUGCACCACCCGAAGGGUCCACUGAAAACAGACACAAUGAGCAAUGUGGAGAAAUAUGUUGUGAAAGACGACCGCCUUCCUCUCAUUCUGACUCGACUGCGGGACCAUGACAAGAAGGUGUUUCUGGCCACCAACAGUGACUACAAGUACACAAAUAUUAUCAUGAAUUAUUUGUUUGAUACUAAGUCCAACCCUGAGAAGAAGCCAUGGACAGACUUUUUUGACUUUAUCGUGGUAGACUCGAAGAAACCAUUGUUCUUCUCCCAGGGCACAGUCAUCCGAGAAGUGAAUAAGGACACUGGUGACCUUCGACUUGGAACCUUCACCGGAAAGGUCCGGCCCGGUGUGGUGUAUUCUGGAGGCUCCAGUGACAUGAUCAGUGAGAUGAUGGGCACUCAGAGGUCGGAAGUGCUCUAUGUCGGUGAUCACAUCUUUGGAGACAUCCUCAAGUCCAAGAAGAAGCAGGGCUGGCGUACCUUUCUCAUCGUUCCUGAAAUGGUCCAGGAACUGACAGUGUGGACGGCUGAGAGCAACCUGUUCUCAAGACUCUCUUUCUUUGACCACCAGAUUGCAGAGAUGUAUAGAAACCUUGACAGUAGCGACAACUCCAAACCAGACAUCACUGAAAUACACAAGAAUAUUAGAGAGGUCACUCACAAAAUGGACCAAGCCUAUGGCAAACUAGGAAGUGUUUUCCGCAGUGGAAGUCGCCAGACGUUCUUUGCCUCUCAAGUGAUGCGCUAUGCAGACCUUUACGCUCCGUCAUUUUCCAACAUGCUGCAUUACCCGCUCACUUACUGCUUCAGGGCACCCUCCAUGCUGAUGCCCCAUGAGUCUACCGUGGACCAUGACUCAACCAUCACAGAGGAACAGCUGAGAGAGAUCAGCCGGGUCUGGAGAAGCCAUGUCAAAGAAGCUGACAAGGAAAAGCGAAACACGUUGCAGCGAAGUGACAGUAACGUGCCCCGGCUGUUCUGCUCUUCGCCGCGGCAGCUGACAGAGGUCGCUGAUGACUUUCUUGACGAGUCCGUCUCCGGCACCGACAGUGCCACAGAGUAGAUGACAACAACUGCAGAGGGACUUCCGAUGUUGUGUCUGGCAUGCUCAGAUACAUAGCUUCUUUUUGGACUUUCAGAGGCUGGCUCAAUGACUUUAGUGAUGCAUCUUCCUAUUUAACUUGUGUGGGCUCUUUUUCUUUUCUAGGUGACGCCAUUAUGUCCAGAACUCUUACUUUUUAAAAUCACAGACUUAAAAUUUGCUGUGAAAAGGAUAUCCAUAUCAUUUUGGGGUAUUCCCAAAUCUGCAUGCUGCUUCCAUAUAAAUGUUCACUAUGUACAAGAGUAGGCAGUCAAGGUCUGUCUAUGUAUUGCACAAAGCUGCAUGAAAGAAUUUUGCAGUGUCAUUAUUUUUUUAUUUCUGCUCUAUGCCACCCAUGUUCACUGAACCUGCAAAAUAUAUUUUGUGGUUAUUUAUAAGAAUUAGUAAAGACCUUUCUAGUAAGGAAUUUGCACUAAAACUUUGCUCAAAACAUAGUUAAAAGAUUAAACUUUUCAUUUGACUGUAGAUAAUAUAUUUCAGUCAUAAAAGUGAAAUAUAUCUAGUAAAUGAAUACUCUUCAAUAUCUUCAGCUUGUACACAGGCUGUUUUCACGAACAAAUGAGAUGAGAUUUGCAUAUUGCAUAAAGAGUAUUUAUAUUUACUCGAGACAUAUAAAGUAUGUAUUUCAUGAUAUGUGUGAAGACUUCUACUAACCACUGAGUUUUCUUAAUAUCUACAUCAGAAUUCUCACGUCUUUCAAUCUUUCUCUGUUUUUAAUUUCUCUAUUGCAUAUACCUGUAUACACUCAAAGACACACAAAUCCUCAUAUACAUGCUCACACAUACAGGCAUACACUCUCAUUCUCACAUGCAAGGUCAGGCUUUAUAAACUUGCAUGAAAUGACAAUAAUCUCAGUCAAUGUA